AUCGCAUUUGAGUUCUUUUUGUUAAUUUUCAAAAAAGGUAUAUUUUUUACUUAAUUAAUAAAAUAGAAGAAAUCUUUGAAUUCUGUUGAAAAAAAAAUUUUGAAAUCUUCUUUCGGUCAAAACAAAUUAUUCAGCGUGAAGGAGUUGGGAUAUAAGUAAUCCACAUAUUAAGAUAACCGAUUAUGCGCAGAGUAAUUUUUGGUGGUCAAUAAACUCGUUUUCUUUUCCAUUCUUGAUGAACUACGCUUUGAUUUCUUUUGUAAAAGAACUCGCAGACAAAUCUCGCGAAGUAAUAAAAGAAAAUUUAGAAUUUUUUAUUCGUUUAAUGAGACACAAAACAUAAGAGAAAAAGCUCCACAGAGUAGUUCUCGCAGAGACAUUUUCGUUGAAAAAAAACUUGUUUCCUCAAUUUCUUCUUGUGUAACCUUGACUCGUGCAUUCUUCUUCUUUCUCUGUCUCAAUAUAAAAGAACUUUAAGAAAAUUCACGCGAAGCAGUUGAAGAAGAACCAUACCAAGAGCUCCACACCAUGGAGGGCGGUAUAUUGGGUGUUAAAGCUCUCUUUUUAUUUACAAUCGUGUGCUUUAAAUGUGCAAAUAGUAUUCCAACAUCGUCUAAAGUGCAAAUUCUCUACAGUUGGAAGCCUUUUGUGUAUGAAGAUCUUCCCCAUAGUGAAUAUUCUAAGGUUGAUGGAAAUAAUUACUACAUCAGCAAGAACGUUCUCCCAACUUCGGUAUCCUACCACGAUAAAACUGGAUGCCUAAUUCUACCCAUUCAAAGACUACAUCCUGGUAUUCCAGCUACGAUAAAUUAUAUAAAUUUAAAUGGUGUGCAGAAGGGUUCUUCACCACCAUUAAGAGGAUUACCUACCUAUGUGGAUAAUUAUCUUCCGGGAUGGUUUGGUGUGAAUGAUCUCAGGGAGGAUGAUUACAAGUAUAAUAUCUAUCCGAGCGAUUCCAAAGUGAAGAGACAAGCUCAUAAAGAAGAUGCGAAUUUUAAUGAAGAUAAAAGAGAAGAACAGGAAUAUCUGGAUGAAAACCAAGAGAAGAAAUCUGAAGAGAUUAAAAAUUCUAAUGAUGGAGAGAAGAAAUAUCAGGAUAAGAUAAUAAAGGAAGGGGACGAUGAAGAAAAUAAAGAAGUUAAUGAAGAAGAAGAUGAAGUUAGGAAGAAGCAUGGAAGUCACUACAAACCAAGUCACAACCAUGGGCAUUAUCAUGGAGGAUCCUACGUAUUCCACGUACCUCCUUCACCAAUUAAAACAACAACAACAACAACAACAACCACUACUCCUGCUCCAACAUACAAGCCUUCGUAUAAACCUCCCUACAAACCCCCACCUUCACCCCCAAAAAAUCCAACCCGUGAUGUUUAUCACUUUGUCUCAGUUUACUUCACCGACACUGAUAGCGAUUGCGAUCGCCUGACCUUUGUUGAUCACGGGACAUUGCUGUAUCCGGAUAAUGAGAUCUUCAUUCGUCCUCCCAUAAUUUGGGCCUUUGAUAUUUACGAAUGUAGCGAUGAGGGCUUCGGCUAUCCACCAGCACUCAAAGUCACAAUUCCAGAUAACGUAGUAGAACGGCCAGCAGGAUUCUGUGCCUUCACCGUUGACAAUUACAACAGUUGCAAUGAGUUUGCUGUAUACAUUGCUAAUUGCUUUGAUAAUCGAAUUGUUGUCUAUGAUAAUGUUAAGAGGAGUUUCUGGUACUUUGCCCAUGAUACGUUUAAGCCAGGAGCCGAGAGAUCACUCUAUCCCGGGCCCCUACCUCCGGAGGAUUCGUACAAUUUUGGAAUAAUGAGCAUAACAGGUGGAGCGCAUCUGGGAAACUCUUACAAAGAAAUCUACUACUCACCUGGUUCAAGUUAUGGUGUGUUCAGGACUACGACGAAGGUUCUCAGGGAUAAAUCUCUCGCUCCCGGAAGUCCAACAUCACCGUACUUUGCUUUCCUUGGCUAUGGGGGAAUUGAUAGUGAGUCAAUAGCGUCAUUUGAUUCAGACUCCAAUGUUCUCUUUUUCAUCCAUUUGCUCUCAAAUACGCUGCAGUGUUGGAAUAUAAAUGCACCCCUUGUGGAGGGGAAUGUUGUUACCCUAUUUAGUGAUUUGGAGUAUGGGGUGGACAUGCUAAUUGAUGACAAUAGAAAUAUCCAAUUUCUCCUCUAUUACGGCCAUGGCGUGCCCUAUUGGGAAGCAGAUAUCCCAAGCAAUGCUCUCUAUCGCCUCUACAGCGCUUCCAUUGAUGACCUCAUUAAGGGUACAGCUUGUGAUCCAAAAUAUGUUUAAUCCUUUCGCUUUGAAAUGCAAUAAAGAUCAUGAAAAAAAAUGUU